AGUAAGCCUGCACAUGUAAACAUUCAUACAAGAUUUAUUAAAAUUUGAGUGCUCAUUUAACAUGUAUAGGUAAAACUUAAAAGCGGAUGUCUUUCGGAUUUAAUAACGGGUGUUUUUCGGAUUUUCAAUGAUCACAUCACAGUCUUACGGUGUGCUUUUUUUAUCACAUCACACCGUGAGUGCCUAUUACCGGGAUAUUUACCUGCAUUUUUUAAUUACGCAGCUGUGUUAAGAGCGGCGUCAUUUUGUUCUGCUUUGUGUGGAAAUGUUUGGGUGAUUGUAAUUUUUACCGUGACCUGUACCAUGGCGUAAGGUACAGACGGUGCGAAAUAAGCCCGAUAGUAAAACAAAAGUUUUUACUACUUAUCAUUAUUGCAGCGAACUUUGUCUGGGCGCCAACCGGUGUCCAUUAGGCGAUGGGGAUUUUUGCAUUACAGUAUUAAACGUACACCGUCCGUGCCAAAUGAUUGCAAAUCGAAACGCGGAUGCAGUACUUCGUGAAUCGGCGUGGUUUUGGACUUAGCACAAUUUCCGAAUUCAUUCUUUUUGCAGCACCAUUACGCAUUAACUGCUGAUCGAGCUAUUCAUGCCGGGUCUGCGCAUUGUGGAGGCUGUUUUUUCAGGAGCGUGAAGCAAACAUGCACACUGUUCUCGACGUAAACCGUCUGCAUUAUAAAAUACCGUAUGAUAGAGAAUUCUCAGUGGAAAAUCGGAUUUUCGAGCAGAAACUGGUAGCGCUACUUAACAGCUCUCCUUCGCAGCACACUCGCAGCAUGACCUUUACGGACGACGGGCAGUUUCGCCAUCUUCUUAAAAACAGAUACCACUACCGGCUGUCUUUACUGCAUUGUACAAAACUGCUGAAACUGAAGGCUGUUCGCCUGCCGCUCAUCAUCAUCAAGAACUACGGGGAUGCCUGGCAAAUAGGCAGACUCGCAUUCUUGAGCCUCACCAGGAACGAUCAGUCCGGGGAGUUUGAAUGCAGGCAGCUGGCGAAUCUGAUGCCCAUGUGUGACCAGCUGCUGCUCGUCAACUACACCGCCUCCAUCCCGUCAGCAAAAAAUUCACUACUUACCGCCCUCCAUGGCUUUAAUGUCGGCGUGCUAACCUGGCUGGAAGAUGGACACAAGAUUCAGGGGCCGGAGGAGACGUCAGCGCACCUGAACGUGCUUAUUCCAUUUCUGCGCUUCCGCCGCACGGAGUCAACAGAGGAACAGUGUCGACGCUUGGUCGCCUCCGUCAACGAGAACUGUCCAGCCGUUAGCCCGGACGUCUAUGCAAAAGUGAGCGGUGUGCAUGCGCGCUGGGUACGGACGCUGAUUUAUCCCGGCCAAUGGACUGGCAUCCGCAUGUUCCUUGAUCUGUUCAGUAGUGUUCGCCCUGACGGCCAACCACAGCGCUGGGAUGAAGUGGAUCUACGACAAAUAGAUGUGUCGCUGUUAAGUCCAUUGGCCCUGCACAUUCUCGAUGGAUACUUCGCAGACUGAGAUCAACGUUGGCGUUGUAGUUAUUCUGUGCAGAAGCCGAUUUGUUUAUUGAUUGUCCAAGUCACUUCACUGUUAUCGCUGCAUCUUACUGCCCGACAUGGCCGUUAUGUACAGCUUUUAUUUUUAAGUCUUUUCCUCUCUAUGCAGUUGUCUGCUGGUUCUGCUGGCGCAUUCUUAGUUAGGUAUGUUAGCAUUCUACAUAUUCUGCCUUCGCUAAUCCCGUUUUAUACCUUUUAUUCGUGUUUUACAAUCACAUCUU